AACCGGAGGCUUCUAAACAACGUGCCCUGGCGCCCCAGCCUCCAGGUCCGACUGCCCUCGGUGAUCCGGGCCUGGCGAGGCUCCGCCUGGGUUCUCCCGCUCCCCUGGGCUGCUGACGCCUGCCUGCCGCCAUGGCAGAAUUGGGCCUAAAUGAGCACCAUCAAAAUGAAGUUAUUAAUUAUAUGCGUUUUGCUCGUUCAAAGAGGGGCUUGAGACUCAAAACUGUAGAUUCCUGCUUCCAAGACCUCCAGGAGAGCAGGCUGGUGGAGGAGACCUUCACCGCAGACGAAGUCUCGGAAGUCCUGAACGGGUUGCAGGCUGUGGUCCACAGCGAGGUGGAGUCUGAGCUCAUCAACACAGCCUAUACCAAUGUGCUGCUCCUGCGGCAGCUGUUCUCACAGGCUGAGAAGUGGUACCUCAAGCUACAAACAGAUAUCUCUGAACUUGAAAACAGAGAAUUAUUAGAACAAGUUGCAGAAUUUGAAAAAGCAGAAUUUACAUCUUCAAAUAAAAAGCCCAUCAUAGAUAUCAUAAAGCCAAAACUUGCUCCACUUAAUGAAGGUGGAACAGCAGAACUCCUAAACAAGGAAAUCUUAAGACUUCAAGAAGAGAAUGAGAAAUUGAAGUCAAGGCUGAAGACUAUUGAAAUACAGGCAACAGAGGCAUUGAAUGAGAAGUCAAAACUAGAAAAAGCACUGCAAGAUUUACAGCUUGAUCAAGGAAACCAAAAGGAUUUUAUAAAGGCCCAAGACUUGAGCGACUUAGAAAACACCGUUGCUACUUUGAAGAGUGAGUUUGAGAAGACACUGAAUGACAAGACAGAAAACCAGAAGUCCUUGGAGGAGAAGCUCGUGACAGCCAAGCAUGACCUGCUCAGAGUUCAGGAGCAGCUGAGCCUGGCUGAGAAGGAAUUAGAGAAGAAAUUCCAACAAACAGCAGCUUAUCGAAACAUGAAAGAGAUUCUGACCAGGAAGAAUGACCAAAUCAAAGACCUGAGGAAAAGACUGGCAAAGUAUGAAUCUGAAGACUGAAAAGAUUUCACCUGGAAGCUGCCACAGCAUGACAGGACAAGCUGUUGUCACCUCAGGCAUGUAUUCCGAAGCAGUUUAUUAAUUCCCUCUCUUUAUUUUUCUAAUAUUUAGACUUUGCUUCUAAAAUUUAGAACUAGAGUUUCUAUUUCGGUUACCUAACUGAGAAGAUAGAAAACCUGCUGACUGAUUCUGGCCGCUCACCCCACACUCCUCUCUGCCGCGUGUCGCAGUCUCGGUUCAGACGCAGUGAGGGUUCUUCAUAGUGAGAAGAGCGCCAGUGGGGAGAACAGUCAUAGUCUUUGGCGUUAGUUUCAAGAGUAUACGUUUGUAAUAAGUGUUAAAGCUGGCAUUGUCUACACCUGUGCGUUCCCCAGGGUAAAAAUAAAUGUACUGUUAUUAAAGAUAGUUACUACGAAUAAACCUUAUUUUUAAAAAUGAAAUCUCAUUCAUUUUCUCUAUUUGAUCACCAAAAAAGAUAUGAAUUCAUUGAAAAUAUGAAUACCAUCUACUAUAGGCAGCAUUUUUACCAAUUAUAGGGAAAAUUAACAGUGAGCAUGAGGACUCAGUUAACUUCUUUGGUCUCUCGAGCUAAAUGCUGUGUUUAUCCGAAGAGGGUCAGACACUUUUUGCAACAUGACUUAUUAUGAGUCUAUAUUACUGAUGGAGAAGUCAGAUCCGUCCUGUAGUUCUCCAGUUGAGAAAAUGUCUGGACUCAGAAUAAAUGUAAUCUUUGUACUUCAGUUUCGACAAUAUUCUUUUAAAUUACAUGUUAAAUAGGAAAACUUUUAAAAAGACUUACAUUCAACAUAAAAUCGGUUCCCAGACCUCAGAUUCAACUUUUGAUUAUAGUUUAUUUAUAUACAUCUACAGUAACUGCAUUUUUGAGAGGUUUUGAUUGUAGUUUCAUUGGUCCUGCUUUUUCUUGAGUGAUUUUGGAGCGAGCCUUAGGAAUUAGGAGCCACAUCUGCAGUUGUAUAAUGCAACUAAACACCAUAAGGAUAAGAAGUGAAAUGCGCUUCAUGAAGCCGUAAUGCCUCAGAAGGAAGGUACUUACUUUUAACACAUUAUUUAGAAAGUGAUUAUUCCCACCUCCAAAAGCAGAGUAUUGUCCCCUAAGUGAACACUGUCUAGUAACAGAGGCUGCUCCGCUUCCACAAAUGAGGAUUUUAUUCACCAAAAAGAGUUUACUGGUGAGAGGAUAAAGCUCGUUGUUAUGUGUAUUCAAGUUUUUAAUACUAGCCUUGAAUUUGUCAUUUUUAUCAUAGAAUCUAUGUUAAAAUAUUGAAGGAACAAAUGAUAAAGGGCAAGAUAAUUUCCUCCCAAAAGGACACAGAAGACAGUCUUAAAAAGAUGAAUGAAUCAGAGGGAGGGAAAAAAUCCGGUAACAAGCCAGCACUUACCACAUAUUCUUUCCCACCUGUGUCUCACUAUUCAGGCCGCUUAUCAGCUUCCGUGUCCUUUCAGAGCUGUCACUGAGGGUUCCAGUCUCACCCCUUAUUUCUUUAGCCCCAAAACUGAUACUCUCUCCAAAAAUCUGUUACAUUGUUUAUGGACCAGGAUAUUCUAUAUAAUUCAGAAACAAAACUCUUGAUGAAAUGGCUAGUGUAUCCUUCAGAAACCGUUUAAUUAUUUUCUCCCUACACCUUUCUUAGUUUGAUGCCCAAAGGGAAGAUAAGUAUGUUGAGAAACCUGUAUUGCCAAGUACAAUUCCAACUUGCUUUUUGGUAGCAACUUUGAAAUAUUCUGUGUAGUGUGUUUCAGUUCAAUAAUAAAUUCAAAAGGAUUUCUGAUACCUUAAAACCUAACUAUGAUCCACAUUAAGAUAAACAAAUAUGAUGUUCUCUGACAUAAAUCCACAUGAUUCUUUCACAUAUAAAUACUUUCUGUGCUUUGGCUUUGUCACUGUUUUGUAUGUGUGUGCAUUUUUUAACUCAUGCCCUUAGCAAAAUGCAAUUUAAAAUUUUUAUUUUUGAAUAUUUUCCUAGUUUUAAGAUUUAUCUGAUUUAACUAAGAAAGCAAGCCCUUUUAGUCUACUUAUUUCGAGUUUCUAAGAAUGUUGGCUCAAGCCCUAAUUGAACUUUCAGUGUGCUGAGCUGUGUAGACUGCACUGGUGGCUGUCAUAAUGCAGCUGUGGUUUAACUUAAAUAUUCAAGGCUCCUGCUAAAUUAGGACUCAGACCUUUUGUUGACGAAAAUCAAAUGUAAGUGGUGUUUGUUACUAAUUUCUUCUGUUCAACAUUUAAGUGUUUAUUUUUUCUCAUUAUGUAUUACAUUUUGUGUCUAUAUUAAAUAAAUGUU